AUGGAGCGCGUGAGCUCAUGGAUGUUGGUGGUGAUGGUGAUGGUUAUGGCGGUGAGGGCAGAGCGAAAUAUUAACAGGUCGGGAGGGGUAUAUUGGUCCACUGCAGAAGAGGAGGCUCUGGCUCAGACUCAGACUAAGGCUCGGGACGACGACACCGCCGUUGCCGACCUGGACGCCGACGGCGGAUUCUCCUCGCUCGAAGGAAUGUUGCAGUGGGCCAUAGGUCAUUCCGAUCCCGUUCAAUUGAAAGAAACGGCGCAAGAUGUUGAUAAAUUGUCUCCUACCGACCUGAGCAACCGUCAGGUCGAGAUAAAGCAGCUCAUGGACGAGCUGAAGACGCCGUCUGCUGCGCAGUUGAUGCAGGUUGCGAUAAAUGACUUGAGCAAUUCGUCUUUGUCUCUGGAAGAUCGGCACCGCGCGCUGGAGGAGCUUCUGAUACUUGUGGAGCCAAUUGAUAAUGCAAAUGAUUUGAACAAACUUGGGGGGCUUGUUGUGGUUAUACGAGAGCUUGAUCAUUCUGAUGCAGAUACAAGGAAAAUGGCUGCAUGGGUGCUUGGGAAGGCCAGUCAAAAUAACCCAAUUGUCCAGAGGCAGGUUCUGGAACUUGGGGCACUGUCCAAGCUAAUGAAGAUGGUGAAAUCUGACUUUUCUGAAGAAGCCACAAAAGCGUUGUAUGCUGUUUCGGCCUUGAUCCGAAACAAUGUAGCUGGCCAAGAGUUGUUCUAUGAGGAAGCUGGGCAUUUACUCCUUCAGAACAUUAUGAGUGAAUCAAGCAUUGAUAUCAGACUUCGUAGAAAAGCUGUGUUCCUUCUGGGUGAUCUUUCUGAGUGUCAAUUGGAAAAUAGGGGGAAGGAUGAGCUACCCUUUUUCAGUAGUCGCAUUUUCUUGAAGUCUCUGGUUGAUCUAACAUCAUCCGCUGACCUUGAUCUGCAAGAGAAGGCGCUUGUUGCACUUAAGAAUCUUCUGCAACUCAAGACAACUGAAGCUCUGGUUUUUAAGGACUUUUGUGGGUUGGAUGGUGCAUUGGAGAGAUUGAGGCAGCGGCUGCAGGAUUUAAUGGUAGAGGAAGAGCACAGGGAUUAUGUGAUGGAUGUGGAAAGACUCCGGAGUGAAGUGCAGCAGAUUUUUGAUAGAAAGCUGGAAAAGGUGGCUACUGGACUAAGUGGUAACACGGCGAGUUCCCACAUGAUGGGAAUGCGAUCCUUCGCCAACAUUACUUACUUGGAGACGUCUGUUACUCUUGUGUUUAUGUGA